AUGGAAUGCUAUGCUUUAAACUGUCGAUCUGACGGUGGUCCUAAAGAAGCUGAGUUGAAGAACAUUUACAAAAAGUGCUUAAAGAUGCAACAAGAGGGCAACAAUUCUACCAAAGGGAAUUCCGAGCAAGACUGGAAGGAAUCUCGAAGUCAACUUCACAGUAACAACUGGGAAAGAGGUCGAAUGGGCAAUAAGGAAAAUAGGAAUAAUAGAGAUGAUAGAAUGAGCAGUAGGGACAAAAUGAAUACUAGAGACGACAUGAUGGGUAACAAUGGAGAUCGAAUGGGUGGUAACAAUGAUAGGAUGGGGAGUAAAAGUGGUAAGAUGGGUUUUAACAGUGAUAGGUCGGGUAGUUCUAGUGAUAAAAUGGGUAGUAGUAGCGAUAGAAUAGGUUAUAGUGACAGAAUGGGGGAACGAAAGGAUAGAUAUGGCAAUACUGAUAAUAGUCGUGACGAAAGAUAUGAUCAGAAUGAGUAUUUUAAUAGAAGAGAAGAUUUCCCUCAAAGUGGAGAAUACGGAACUGGAAUGUCCCAAUAUAGCAAUCAUCAUUCCACUACAUCACCAAAAAGGUAUAAACGCGAAAAACGGCCAGAAAACUCUGGACAAAGAAGUCAAUAUAAUCCAAAUACCCAUAAGAUUAAGCUUUACGAAGAUAAUUUUAGAAGUGAUGAGAAAAAUUCUACCGAGAAUAAUUCUAGUAAGGAAAUGGACAAUAAAGCUUGUGCGCUACAUUGCUUUAUGGAGAAUUUGGAUAUGACAGGGGAGGACGGCAUGCCAGACAGGUAUAUGGUGACACACGCUAUCACUAAGGAUGUAAAGAAUGAAGACCUAAGAGAUUUCUUGCAGGAAUCUAUUGAGGAGUGUUUCCAAAUUCUGGAUAAUGAAAACUCUGAUGACAAAUGCGAGUUCUCCAAGAAUCUGAUGUUGUGCCUUUCUGAAAAAGGCAGAGCUAACUGUGAUGAUUGGAAAGACGACUUGAAGUUUUAG